AGGUUCCAGAGUUUGGGCAUGCUCAGUCAGCUUGUUUUUGUCUAAGAACCUGUAACCAUCAAUCACCCGAGCUCCCCAUCCACACCCAAUCAAGCUGUUUAUGAGAAGGCAGCGAUUUCUGCCAUAGCCCUUACAUAAUAAACUCAUCGAGACCGCCCACAAGAGUUAAAGGCCGCUCUGCUCAGUGCAAGCUUCAGUUUUGUUUUGCACCGCACGCGAACAACUUCACUGCACCUCUCGCUCUUUGUUCGACUUGACGGUUACAGUUAGGAAACUUUUGCAAGAUAUUGCCAAGAUGAUUUUCGACAAAUUGAAAAAGAUGGACAUUGUGUUUGACUCCCCGGAGAUGGACAGUCCUCCGGUGUUCAGCAGUGGAGAUGUUGUAUCGGGGAAGGUUGUGCUGGAGCUCUCGUCAGAGAGUAAAAUAGAGUCGUUAAAGUUGCACGCGGAAGGUUUCGCGAAGGUACACUGGACCGAGUCACGCAGCGCCGGGUCCAGUACCGCUUACACGCAAAAUUACAGCGAUGAAGUGGAGUAUCUGAACCGGAGAGAAGUGCUGCUGCAGGCAGAUAAUGGUGAACUAACAGUCCUAUCUGCUGGGAGACAUGAGUACCCUUUCAGUUUCCAGCUUCCAGAAGAGACUCUAGUGACAUCGUUCGAAGGCAAGCACGGCAGCAUUCGCUACUGGGUGAAGGUUAAGCUCCAUCGGCCGUGGUCCACGGUGAAGAAGAUCAAAAAAGAGUUCACAGUCAUCGAGCCCAUUGACAUCAACACACCCAGUUUACUGGCUCCUCAAGCUGGAACCAAAGAGAAGAUGUCCCGAAUCUGGUACCGCAACUGUGGGCAGGUGUCGAUCACUGCAAAGAUAGACCGCAAGGGCUACACGCCUGGUGAAGUCAUUCCCGUCUUCGCCGAGUUCGAUAACUCCACGUCUCGAUCCGUGGUGCCCAAAGCUUACAUCACACAGACGCAAACCUUCAUAGCCAGGGGUACCAUGAAGCAGAAGCGAGCUGUGGUGGCCACGCUGUGUGGUGAUAUAGUCGGUGCUCACCGUAGAGAAACGUGGCAUGGUCGAGCCAUCAAAAUUCCACCUGUCGGUCCCUCGAUCUUGCAAUGUCGCAUCAUCAAAGUCGAAUACAUGCUUAGGGUGUGUGUGGAUGUUCCUGGAACGUCUAAGCUUUCUUUAGAGCUUCCACUGGUGAUGGGCACCAUCCCUCUUCAUCCGUUCGGCAGUCGCACGUCCAGCGUCAGCAGCCAGUAUAGCAUGAACAUGGAGUGGAUUCGUAUGGCCAUCCCAGAGCAGCCCGAGCCUCCUCCAGAAUACAGUUCUGUUGUUACGGAUGAGCAAGCGGCCCAGAACUCCACAGCGAUCCAACAACCAGAAGACCUUAGUGGAGUAUUGGAGCGCCCCUUCAUGGCAUAUGUUCAGGAGUUCAGAUUACGCCCACCUCCAGUGUACAGCGAGGUGGACCCGAAUCCUCAGCCCUUAACCAUGCGUCCUCGUUGCAUGACUUGUUGAACUGUUUGCAAGCUGAGCAUCAUGUGAUGUUUGAAACAAAACCUGAGAUAUAAUUCUCCUUGAAGCCUCUCUGAGAUUGGUACUCGUUUCUCGUUCGAGCUGUUCACAUCCAAAUAAGCCAUCUGUGGCUACUGCAGAGGGCCGUAGAAAGGGGAUGCCUGGACUGGGCGAGGCAGAGCGCUUUCAAAAUAACAAAGAGGACAUUCAGUGCCGGGCAAACAAAGAUUUUGCCCAUGUUUGUUUCCCAAAGAGCGAUCCAACUCCAGUCUGUGCCUAGAACGGAUUUUGACCACCCCUGAACAUAGCCGUGGAAAUUUGGAGAUGAUCGCUGGGUGAACGCUGAACUGAAACGCUCUUUGCAGAAGCCAUUUAGAGAUGCUACACAUACUGUAGUGCCUUACUAAACAUUGUAAGACUUAAUUUUUCCUGGGUUUCCUGUGAAGGAGGACUGACUUCCUCCUAACCAACUGCAGUCUGCCACCUUAGAUUGGGAUGCUUAUAAAUGUAAAGGCGUCCUUUCCCAAAACGCUGUAGCAUUGUUUAUCUCAUUUGGUGCUGAUUCUAGCCUAGAGAUGAUAAGAAACUGAUGCACAGAUUCAAAUUGUUUGUUGGUGCAUGCGGGAAAUUCUGUUUAUGCAAAAGGGAAAACUAAGCUUUAAUGAAUCCUCGGGGAAUUGCAAAGAAAAGUCCUGGAAGUUUGCCCUUUUGGAGUGGUACAACAUGGGCCCUCCAUCUUAUUGUUGGUAGAGAAGCCUUCAUCUGGCUUAAACAAAGGUCAAGCCAGUGACCUGAAAGGUCUUAAUGCCUCGCUGAAUGUAUUACAGAUAACUUUACUUUGUGCAAAAAUGUUGCCGUAUUCCUUUCAAUGUAAUGCUAAUGUUUGCUUACAUACAAUGGGGAAACAUACAGAGCCAUGCAUUUUUGAGGUGCCUUUUCGGUCGUUUUUGUGGAGACCGUAAAUGAUUACAGGGAUUAUGUCAAGUAAAGCUUUUCUAGUCCUAUAACUACCUGAAGUGACCUGACACAUUCCAGAAACAACAUUUUCUUUAUUUCCAUAUGAUAAAGUGUAACUUCAGGUUGAAACAAUGUUACUGGCAUUUGUUUUGAAUGUAUUUGAUACAGUUUUUCGUGUUGAAUUUACAAGUGUAUUUUUGUUAUUCACGUUUUUUAAAUAAAAUGAGGAUAAAUUGAAAAUAAA